AGGGAGGGGGGAGGGGCGGCGGAGGGGGAGGGGAUGCUGUCCCGGAAGAAAACGCGCGCCGAGCUCUCCAAACCGGGCGAGGUGCAGGGCAAGUACGUCAUCAAGGAGACCAGCCCUUUGCUCCGCAAUCUGAUGCCUUCAUUCAUCCGUCAUGGUCCAACCAUUCCAAGACGAACAGAUCUCUGCCUUCUGGACCCGGGUCCUUCUGCCUACGCCGCGGGUGGGGAUGGAGCAGUUUCCAGAAACCAGAGCUUCCUUCGGACUCCAGUACAGAGGCCGCCUCACAAGAUAGUGAGGCGGGAAAGCAACAGACUCUCUGCCCCUUCCUACCUUGCCAGGAGCCUGGCCGACGUCCCGCGGGAAUAUGGCGUAUCUUCCCAGUCCUUUUUAACAGAGGCAAACUCUGUAACUGAAAACGGCGAUGCCGGAUCCCGUCACUAUUAUGACCACCACUUUUAUAAUGGUCAGAGGCGGCACCAGCUGGCGGAUCAUGUGCAGGAGGAAUAUAGAUACUAUGAACAUAACACUGACCUUGCCCAAAGGAUGUCACAGAAUCAGGGAAGGCAUAGUUCAGGCAUUGGGCGGGUGGCUGCUACAUCGCUGGGAAACUUAACAAACCACAGUUCGGAAGAUUUACCUCUCCCUCCUGGCUGGUCUGUGGACUGGACUCUUAGAGGAAGGAAGUACUACAUAGACCAUAACACCAACACAACACACUGGAGUCAUCCACUUGAGCGAGAGGGGCUGCCUCCAGGGUGGGAGCGUGUGGAAUCAGCUGAGUUUGGUGUGUACUACGUCGAUCACAUCAAUAAAAGAGCACAGUACAAACACCCUUGUGCCCCCAGUGUUCCCCGUUACGAUCAACCACCUCCAAUGACAUAUCAGCCACAGCCAGCCGAGAGGAGCCAGACUAUCCUUGUGCCUGCGAAUCCCUACCACACUGCGGAGAUCCCAGAUUGGCUGCAGGUUUAUGCCAGGGCUCCUGUAAAAUACGACCACAUCUUGAAGUGGGAGCUCUUCCAGUUGGCUGACCUGGAUACAUACCAGGGGAUGCUGAAGCUGCUUUUCAUGAAGGAACUGGAGCGGAUAGUGAAGCUGUACGAAGCCUACCGCCAGGCUCUGCUCAGCGAGCUGGAGAACCGCAAGCAGAGGCAGCAGUGGUAUGCCCAGCAGCAGCACGGCAAGAACUUCUGAGCUCCUUCCCUUUCGCAGCGGACUCUGAGGGCUCUUGGAAUCUUAGGGGACUCUUUAAAAAAAGAAAAGGAAAAAUCGUGAACAAGUGCUUUGGUUAAAAAGGCAGCUUCUCUCUUGUUGAUCUUGCACCUUUUGUAAUUACCUUCUUGUGUAUCAUGUUUAUUGAAUACAAAAGAUGUUUGUUAUAUUGUAUAAAGAAAGUUAGUUUCUUAUUCUGAGAGCCAGUGUGGUGGGAAAAUUCAAGAAAAGCCACGUUUUAUAUUAUUAUUAUUUUGUCUGAUAACCAUUUUUUCUAGCAACGGUUGUACCUUGGAGAAGAAAUUUUAUUUUCGAAUGAUGUCAGUGCAAGAAGCGGCCUGAAAGUUAGAUGAAGCCUGUUUGCUGCCUUCCGGCUGCUGAUCUUGUGGGCUGCCUUGCCUCCAGGGGAAAAGGAGGUUCUGCUUUUCUGCGGCAGCUCUGUGGCCGCGGACACAGCUUUAAUAUGCAAAAGGUCCACAUGAUCUUCCUUUAU